AUGAGAUUCAUUCCAUCACCUAAGCAUCAAAAAUUGGUGAAUAAUUGUUAUCCUACUGGUAGGACCCCUGACAAGAAGCCUAAGUCUUCAGAAACUGCAUAUUUGAUAUAUUACGUCAAUUCAAGACGUAGCAAACUAGAGAAGGUUAGUAACUAUUUGACCAAGAAAUCUUUAACUGACUUAAGAAAGAAAAAUGUUGGAAAUAUUUCAGUUACAUUAGUACUAUUAAAUGAGAUUAUUAAAAAUUGUAAAGAAAACUUAAAUGUGUUUGUGAAAGACUUUAUGUUAAUAAUGAAUAAAAUUUUAGCAGAUGGUUCUUUCAACAACGACCUUUCAGUAAUUGAUUUGGUUCAAGAAUGUUUUAAAAGUAUUUGUAUUAAUGUUACGGAUACUUUAUAUAGUGGUGAUGUGUCCUUUGUCGAAAUAUUUAAUCAGUUUGUGGAAUUGUACUUUAAAGCUACAAAAAUGUUAUUGAAAAACAACGAAUUGGCUCUAAAAGGUUGUUUAAACAUUUCAUUAACCUCUGGUUUAGCCUCUAAUCCAAAAUUAAAAUAUUUAAUUCCUGAAUGUGUUACAACGGUUUUAGAAAACCUUUGCGAAACAUACCAACAAUUCAAUAUAAUCAAUUUGGAUGCUUCUGAAGAUCAUCAUUUAACAAAAAGAUUAAGUAGAACGCAUACUAAAACCUUCAGUUUAGGUAAUUCUGAUGACGGAAAUAUUUUUAUUAUUGAUGUCUUAAAAUCAUAUUUCAAUACGAAUGAGACUGACAAAUUGACCUUGUCCAUAAAGGCAUUAUUAGCUCAUCUACAAAAGACUCCUAACAAAGACUUGUUAAUCUUUGUUUUUGACGGGAUUCCGGUUCAAUUAAGAUAUAUUGUCAUAUUAUUUUUAGUGAGACAACUUACUUCAAGUUCCAAAGAGGUUAAAUACGACAUUGUUUUAAGGUUGCUAUCAGCUCUAUUGACUUCUUAUGUUGGUAUAGUUGGUUUGAGUAUUUUGGAUAUUAUGCGCAAACUAUUAGCAUUCCAACUGUCAAAUAUCAAAAAUAAAGUUUUUGUUGACCAAUGUAGAAUUACAAUUUCUGAUUUGAAUGCAAAACUUUAUUACAAUGAGCAAACAUCAGAUAUGUUAUAUGAAUUAAUAAAUAGAUUAAAAAGUGGAUUAAAGGACGAAGAAAACCAUGUUAUUAUUGAUGACUUAAAACAGAUUACACACGAAUCAGCCCCUGCAUCUAUUGGUUUGGAUAUCUUUUUAGAUUUAAUAUUAUAUCUUAAAACCGAUCAAAUUGAGCUCUUUAAACUGGUUGAUUCUCAUAUUCCACCAAGCAAUCUAAUUACAAGUUUAUUUAGGUUAAUUGGUCAAUUAGAUGAUGUGAAAAAACAAUCUUCCUUAAUGAAGUCUACUUUCGAAAAUUAUAAACAAUUUGCUUUAUUAUCAGGUUUAAACUAUUAUGUUGAGUUCGAAAAUCAACCAUCUAUAGCAUAUUAUUUAUACCAUGAAAAUGCUGCACACUUUCUGGGCUUGAGUGACUAUGAGAGACAAACGGAGUACAAGAAGAAUAACAAGGUUAUAUUCACCAAAGAUGACUUAAAAAACUUUUAUUCAGACUCAGGGUCUAAUAAAUUUAGCAAAAGAGGCCUUCAAAUCUUGAUGUCACAUGAUAACUCUUCAUCAGUUGACCUUCUAUCUCAAUCAAACUUCUCAAAUUCGAAACUAGACAUUGCAAACACAAGCAUGGCAUCAGAUGCGGACACUUCUAAUUUACAGGUCCCAUCAUCUCCUCUUCUACUUAAUCAUGCCUUAAUUAACACAAGAAAUUUUUCUUCUGAUUCUAAAUCACUAAGUUCUUCAAGACCAAGGGCUCCAAAAAUAAGUGACUUAAAGAAAGCAUACCUACAUACAAGUGGCAAUGGUGGUGUUGAUAGAAGUAGCACUAUCAUUGGCACUGAAUCAUUAAAAUCGAGAGUUACUAAUAUUACAUUUUUACUGAGCGAAUUAAAGAGUUCGACAAAAGAAACUAAUAAAAUUCAAGAUCCAGAUGAGGAGGAAACUAUUGGAAUGGGCAAAAUAGAUAUUGCUAGAUCUUCUUCUAUGAGGAUUAAUCCAGUCGCUGAUCUGAGCAGUGGUAUUGAUUUGUUUCCUAAUAAUAGAGAAUCGAUCAUUCAAAAUAUAGUUCCUGAGGAUGACGAAUUCAAGGACGCAGCUGAAGAAUUCAAUGUUGAGGGUAACAGGGGUAAACUAUUUACAGCAUAG